AUUGUAUGCGGUCUACAGCGAUUUACUAGAAGUGAGCGUAUUGAGUCGCUAGUUGGUAUUGGAAAUGUGGAAAGCUUGAAAUUCAUUUGUUUACGAAUUAGCUAAGUAAGUUCUAAAGAAUAAUAAAAUUAAAUACGAAGCUACUGUUUGUGUUUUCAGGAUUUCUCCAAUCAUUAUUUUUAUUGAAAUAUGGCUAGACCGUUUUUAUUUGGAAACAGUGGAUCCAGCCAGGGACAAAGCAAAUACCUUGUGGAGUUUAGGGCUGGUAAAAUGACUAUGAAGGGCAAUAUGGUACAUCCUGACAAGCGAAAAGGUCUCGUGUACGUAUAUCAGGCUGACGAUUCCCUAAUGCAUUUCUGCUGGAAAGAUCGGAGUUCUGGAUCAGUUGAAGACGAUCUCAUAAUUUUCCCAGAUGAUGUGGAACUCAAGAAAGUUCAGCAGUGUACCACGGGCAGAGUUUAUGUUCUAAAGUUUAAAUUGUCUAGCCGGAAAUAUUUCUAUUGGAUGCAGGAACCAAAGACAGAUAAAGAUGAUGAAUAUUGUAACAAAGUCAAUGAAUAUCUCAACAAUCCCCCGGCUCCAGGCUCCUCUCGCUCGGGGAUUGGAGGAGGAAUUGGUGGCUCAAAUUCCUCUCAAGGACUCCAUUCAGAACUAAGCAAUCUUGGAGAUGGAGAUUUGCAUAAUCUUCUUAAUAAUAUAAGUCAGCAACAGCUUAUGCAGCUUCUUGGAGGCGUGGGUGGUGUUUCUGGAGUGGCCAACUUAAGUAACCUUCUAGGGGUGAGUCGUCCAUCAAGUAGCCAGUCUACUACAACUACACUUCCAGCAUCUUCACCUUUCACAAAUGAACGUUGUUGUUUUUUACCCCCUCCAGUGGAUUUAUCUUCUGCUCUUACUGCUGAAGCUUUGCAACCAUUACUCUCUAACCAGGAGUUUAUGGACAGAGUAUGCGAGCUUCUCCCACCUUCGAGUGACACCGGAUCCUCUUCCAUUCGGGAUCACUUGAGGAUGACAGUUCAAUCUCCACAGUUUCAGCAGGCUCUUGGCAUAUUUAGUGCUGCUUUGCAGUCUGGUCAACUAGGUCCUCUGAUGCAACAGUUUGGUAUGGGCACGGAUGUUGUCAGUGCAGCCACUUCUGGAGAUAUGGAAGCUUUUGUACGGGCAUUACAGAAUGCCCAAGGUAAAGGAGGGAGUCCAGGAGCCGGAGGAACGGAUGGAACUGUAAAAGGGGAUGUUUCUAAUAAGGAUAAAGAUAAAGAUCCUGAUGAAGAAAUGAGUUUGGAUUGAAAAAAGUGUUAAUUACUUGAAACUUUAGCAAUUAAAAAUUUUAUUUUCAUUUUGAUUUUUCAACUUUUUUAGAAUCUUUUUUUCACGUUUACACUUAUAUUCAGAAUUAGCGUCUCUCACAGAGUAAAAUAAAAAAAAAAGUAUAUAUAUAUAAAUGAUUGUACUUGAACUUCUCAGACAACCCCACAAACAGGAUUAAAUGUUGUUAACUAGAAGAUGAUGAUUGAUGAUGGAAUAAAUCUUUAAAGAAGCUUACUGAGAACAGAACUGUCUUCUAUUACUAACGCCCACUGUAGUAUGUUUAGAUGUGGGUUGCUGUUUUUUUCCCGUAUUCUGCUAAACUUGGAAGAUAAUCUUUUUUUUUCUUACAUGGAUGCAUACUGUGAAUGUUGCUACACUGUAAAAUUUCUAAUGUUAAUGCAAUUAAUAUAAGACAAACCCAAGAGUUUAUGGUAUUAGUGUUUCAAGCAGUUGAAUAAAUACAGCUCCACACACACACAUUAAGCACUAUGGCUAUUUUGUUUCGGUUUAAAUAAACACAUAAAAUAUCUGCUCGAGUUUGCUUGUGAGUGAUGGAUAUUAUAGAAAUUUGGUUCCAAUUAAACCUCUGAAUCCUCAGAA